AUGGCCGCUCUAAGUCUCACCAAACAAGCCCUUUCUGUCCUCGGGCGCGAGAAACCCCACUCGUCAAUCACAGAUCUCGUCGAGAUAUUGACUUCGCCAAACUAUGAGGAUGAGGCAUAUGAUGGCAUUCCUGAACUGGUGGAGUCCAUCAAUCUGCAGCCAACUGGACCUGCCGAAGCAUCGCGCGCUAUCCGGAAGAAGCUGAAGCACGGUGAUUCGCACAGACAAUACAGAGCUCUAGUUCUAUUGAAAGCGACCGUAGAGAACGGUGGUCAGAGGUUCCAAACAACCUUCGCGGAUGGUCAACUCACGGAUGCUAUCAAAAACCUCGUGGCUGACCCCGGUACGGAUCCAAAGGUCAAGCGGAAACUGAUCAGCGUGCUCGGGUCGUGGCACAGACAAUUUGAAGGGACUCCGAGCAUGUCCCUAGUUGCCAACCUCUACAAAUCUGUUCCGCAUGCUGCUCCGGCUAAGGCAACGAUGUACCUUGGAGUGCCUGUUGAGAGCGACUACGAGAGGCGUAAACGUGAAGAACGUGAAGCCAAGGAGGAAGCGAAAAGAAAGGCAAAGGAGGAGAAACGAAGGAAAGAAGAGGAAGCUCGGCAACGAAAGAGGAGACAACGUGAACCUUUUGUUUUCGAGAAGGAAAAGCCGCAGAUUCUUCAAGCCAUCGCGGAGACCUCUCAAGCAUCAAACAACCUGGUCAACGCCUUGACACUUGUGAAUACGGAGCACGAAAGUGUGCAAGAUAACGCAAAAGUGCAGGAAUGCCUUGAGAUGGCUAAAUUAGCCCGGAAACGAGUCGUUCGGUACAUUCAGCUUGUCGAAAAUGAAGAGCUUAUUGGAACGUUGCUCGAGACUAACGAACGAGUAAUCGCCGCUCUACAAAUGUAUGAUAAGCUAAUAAAGCCAGUUAUGACCGAGCAAGACGUAGAGGAAAUGCAGCAGCAUAUGGCGGCUGCGAAGAUAACGGACGCUGGAGAGCUGAGCAAGUUGCAAGACAAACAGCGUGCGGCUAUCGCUCGGCAAGUUAAUCGUGAUAGAGAGCGGGAACGUAGUGGUGCAGCGUACGAAUCACCUCCUAGUUCUGCUGGCCUCCAUCCGGAUUUACAGGAACUGAGCUUCGGCGGUAUAGAUACACAUGCGGACUUGCCACCACCUAUACGGCCAGAUGCACACGGUUCAGAUGAUGAAGACUUCGAUGCGCGAGGCUCGCUCUCUGAUUUCAGCGACUACGACUCCUCCAACGAAGAAACACACAGACGCGCUGCCACAGCGCCCUCUUCGAAACAAAUAACAGGCACUUCUUACAGAGCAUCAUCGUCCAGGCACUAUCCCACAGGCUCUGAUGUCGAAACUGAUGUGCGAGAGGAUCCACGUCAAGGAUUGACACAAGAAGACCCGUUUGCGGAUCCGUUCGGAGACCAGCAGGAGGUACCAACACCCGGAAUAACACAUAGAAAACAGAUGGACUGGUAG